UCCCUCGCCUUCUCCCACUAACCUUCUCAUCUCCCCUCUCCUCACAUUUCAUGCCUCCUCUCACCUCCCUCUUCCAUCCGCACUUUGAACACAGCUCAGACCGUAUCUCAGUACCAUUGCGACUAACCCUCUGAUCAAGUCUUCUUGAUCUUCUUCACCAUUCGCGCAAUAUCCUCGCCCGCGCAGUGCGGGGUUUCAUCCAGAUCCGUGCCGCGAUCAAGAGGAUCCUUAGCUCUGUUGGCUUUUCAUUGCGCGACAGCUUCUCAAAUGAUUGAUCGACUCGAAGACAACUUCGAGGACCAUCCAUCUUUGGAUGCGUCACUCGAGGAUUUUGAAAGCAGCAGUAACACGCAACGUUCUCCGCUGUUCAGCUUGCCGUCGCAGCAUUCUGGAUUCCGCGACGAGGAAUCUGAUCCCGACGAUGAAGAGCCCACACCCAACACGGAGCGCUGGUCGCCUCCUGGUUAUGGCAGGCACGAUUAUAAUCCAGGAAGUGGUUGGUAUCGCCAUGAAGCCUAUUCCCAAAGCCCAGCAAAGGAGCGCCCUGUUCUCAAGCCAACAGUGGGAGCAAGUCCGUCGCAUUCGCGGGAAGCAAGCCCACAGUAUGAGGACGCGGUCGAGUCUCCUGCGAAAAAGGAUCGCAAACAGUCCUCAGCCAUGACUGACACCACAUGCGCGCCCCCGGACAUGUCGCCCACGAGUCAAGACAGGGACCGAGAUCAUUCUCCAAGUAGAGCGCCGGCGAACGGGCAAGCUGUUCAAAAUGGCGAGCUGGAAUUCACGCCCGAACAGGACCUGAGUAAUUAUAUUCGGUUCGCAGUACGCGCGGAAGUCCAGCACCGCGAACCGUUCGCAGCCAUUUUCGGGUACAUGCGCGAGAAACUCGAUCUGAUCACAAGCACCCGGACCAAUACACUCGUAUCCAUCGUGGUCGCUCUCUUGUCGAUAGGGCUGAUCCGCACAUUGUUCCUUCCAAAUUAUCCACAGCCAAUCCCUGACUUGGUCAAGCUGUCAGGUUUUGCGCGCUCUUUUGAGCCCCUGAUCUAUUACUCGGAACACGGCGCGCAGCAGAUCGAAGCGCUGCAGGAAACCGGUGUGGCUGUCUGGGAUCUAAGCGAGUCAGUUCGUGGCACCAACAUGACCAGCGCGCCCAUCAUCGUGCGCCAGCUGGAUGAACUGUCUGAGUCGCUUAAAGGCUUGUCAUUGGAGCUGACUCGGUUCUUUGCCAAUGUCGAUGCCGACUUCGAUUCCAUCUUGAUUGUCAUGGACUGGGCCAAACGCGAAUUAGAAGCCAUCAAUGCGCAGCCGCCUAGCUCAUUGCCCACACUCAUGUUUGAUAAUUUGCAUGAGAUCCUUGCGCGACUCGGAACCAUGGAAAGACCCAUUGAGACCAACGACGGCCCUCCAGGCAGUGAGCUGGCAACUGCACCCACCGCAUUCGGGCAAGUCGUGACAGCGGUCCUUGGACAUACCUCGGCGCAGCGUACGCGUGCAACGCUUACCCGAACCUUCACGGAAUUCUUGGGGGUGCUUGAAGAGUGUAUCAACACUGAGCUGUAUCACUCCACAACUCUCUUUGGACUCUUCGAAUCUAUUGAUCGUCAGUUCCUGAGUCUACAACGAACUGUAGUUCGCGAAUCGGAUGCGCAAGAACGAGAGGAAGGUGAGAUGCUGAGUUCCUUGUGGACUCGUGUCCUCGGACCAGAUGCCUCCAUUGUUCGCAAAUACGAAAAGAACAAGCGGCUGCUUGCCAACGUCCGCAGUCGGACUGUGACCAACAAACAUCUUCUCAUGGACCACCGCGGGCGCCUACUCACACUCAAAGUCAACUUGGAGACUCUGCGUCGCAAGUUGGUCAGCCCGUUGGUGCGGCGCAACGACUCGAUCAGGUUUGCGAGUGGCGUUGAGGCUGGCAGCAGUCACAGCCAUGGGCGCAUGCUGGGGCCAAUCGAAGCCGUGAUCGAGGGUCAGAUCCGGGGCAUUGACGGCAGUUAUGAAUACCUUCGAGGAGUCCGCGACAAACAAAAGGCACGAUUCAUGGAGUUUGUAUUCGGCGCUGGGCGACGAAAUCCACCUAACGCAAUGCUAGCGGACGGGUCUGAGGGCGAGGAGAUCGAGGCGCAUGCUAUCGAAGAAGGCGGUGUUUAAGGCGACAGCGACAAAUUGAGACUUGUGCUUGACUGCAUCGCAUAGCCAGGCGUUCUUUUCGUCAUCAUCUCGUCGCUGCUUGUUCUGUCUAUCAUCUGUCCACGCAUCUAUCGGUUACACGGCGUUUCAUCCAGUGCCUCCCGGUUAGCACUGUCUGUCAGCUAUGCACAUGGUGGGG